ACCGACUCGUCAGCCCUGCUCAACCUAUAUGCUGGUUACUGACUGAGCAGUCCGACACCCGGUAAAAAGAGCUUGUCGCCGCUGUCUACUGUUGCGGUGUGUCCUGUUGGAUCCUUGUUGCUGUGACAAUGGGAGGCAGAUUCCAGGUUCUUUCAGCUCUUCCUUUGUGGUUGAGCUUUGGCAGCGCUGCGGCCCUGGUUGAGCCUCAGAUCUGCUACAUCCUGGACGCCAUCUUGUUUCUGUACGGUAUCAUCCUUACCGUGCUAUACUGCAGGAUCAAGUAUUUCACACAGAUGGCUCCGGUGACUGGGACUGGGAGAGCAAAGCCAGUGAAUGCAGAGGAGAGCAUCUAUACGGGAUUGACUCCUCACACUGCAGACACCUACCAGACCAUCGGUCAGAAGAAAGGACUGCACUAGUCGAGGACGAGUUGAAGAAAGAGAAAGUUUGAGUCUUUCCAUUUGUUAAAUCACUUUUGUCUUUCCAGGUAUUUCCCAUGCAUCUUAUGUAUUUUAUUUAACAUAGCUUUUGAGCGAAAAUGUAACGUUUUUUAAAAACAUUUAUCUGCAAUUCAUAUGUGAAAGCCUCCUUUGUAUGUUGUGGUAUGUGUCUCGAAAGAGAGAGAAACGUGAGAAGAGCAAAAGAGGGAAGAAGUUGAGCAGUGGGUAAAAAUUUAUUUACGAUUGUUUUGACAGUAGCUAGGUUUGCAUCCAAUUUGCGACAGAUUUUCAUGUAAAUAUUAUAAAAUCUGCAUAAAAUAAUAUGCGCAUUUUCCCACCAGAUAUGUUUUACUGGCUUUAUGAGGAUACAAUCCUGUGCGUGAUGACGUAGUGCACGUAAAAAUAUAUUUUACGGUUAAAUUCCCAUGUACCGAAUGAAAAAUACAAUUUCUAUCGCAUUUUCGACUCUACUGAUAAUUAGUCACAACAACUGUUGCAUUGAAUAGCAAAUGUACCCGAGUUGGUCUUGGCACAUGCGCUCUAGCCAACACAUAGGUGCGGGUAGGCUACCUAUUAUGAGAUCAUUAUGAAUAAGAGCGAUAUUAUUUGUAUUGGUGAAACCUAAUCAUCGUUCGUCAUCUCACCGGUAUAAGCCCCUCGAUGUUAAUUGUAUAGGAGCAAGCAAGCAAGCAUUCACCACCCUGCGAAGUUCAUUAUUUAUUUCAUCUGUAGCCAAAUAAACUGCAUGCUUUCCCUAGUCGGAGUGGGAGAACCACACAACAUAUAAUUUCGUGACUCCCAAAUUUACUUCGAUAUGAUGGUUAUUAUAUCAAUAUUUGCGCAGAAACCGUUUCCACCGCCAUUUCUCGCAGAAUUAAUUUUACCGACACAAAAGUAUCCCACCAUGUCGAACGAACAAAUUGUCUGUCAGUAUAAGAUUGUACAGGUGUUCCUGUCAAAAAUCUCCCCCCUGCCAGAAUCCCCCCCACCUUCUAAUUUCCUCCAUUUUGUGGCUAGAGUCAAAUACUUUCUGUGGCACACAUCAGAGUCAAAUACUUUCUAUAGAACAAACUUCACGUCGGGAUAGGCAACUGAAAUUAAUAAUCAAUGUAUGUGUGUUAUAAUUAAACAAAGGAGGGAGUAAAAUGUUGGCAAAGAAUAAACAUUUCAGAACAACUAUGGCUGAAUUAUUAUCCUAACACUUUCAAAAAUCCUAUUCGAAUGAGGCAUGGGAAAGAUGACGAAUUUUGGAAGAGAUUUAUUUAUAGACUAAUACAAAUCAGUAGCGGAUUUAGGAACGGGGGGGGAUCCCGGCACAACACCGGCAUUUCAUGUUUCCAUAGCCCGGUCGUGACUUUUUUCAUGCGGCAGGUAAUUAAUCUGCAUGAAAUGGUUGGAUGGAAAACUUGUUUGUGCAGCCUGUCUUCUUUGUAUGAUACUUAUACGGAGGUUUUUUAGAUCUAGCUCGAGAUUGAUGUUUUUGGUAUUUUCAAAACGAAGGUCUCAAAUAUGUUUUAUAUAGGUUCAUAUACCGUUUUAUCAAAUCAUGUACAGUUUUUAACUAUUGAUAUUGGUGUUCUGGGUAUAUUUUUGGUAUUUUCAAAGUUUAUAUGGUGCUUUUAUAAUACAUUCUAAUAAAAUAUCA